UAAUAGUAUAGAUAGAUACGUGGAUAUAUUGACAGCCGCAAAUGAAACUAAACGUUUCAACCUCUACUCUUAUAUGCAAAUUAUUUUAAAAAGCAUGCGUCUUAAAUUUAUGAAUUUUAAAAUCCGUUAUAGUUAAAACAAAUAAUUAAGCUGCUAUGAUCUGAAAGAUAACGCAUGACAACGUUUUAAAAUGUAGCAAGCUCGAAAACAACGUCCUUUCUGACUAAAUAAUACUAGUACUAUACACAGGCAGGCAAAUGUCUCUUUUUCCAAAAAAAAUUUCAGUUAGUAUAAACUAUAAGUAAUAUCUAUAUAUGGAACGUACAAGAAUUUGGAGGGAAAGAGGACGUCAUAAAAUGUUGAACUUCCACGAAAUGAUAGAUUUUUUCUCGAUCUAUACAUUCAAUAAGAGACUGCCACCCAUAAAUGCUACACCAAAGUUUAGCUACUUCAGACAUAUUAAGACCUAGAGAAACGAAUUCGAAAGCACAUGACCAGAAAAAGCUGUCUGUACACCUACGUUUUUGUCCCGGUUUGAGGAUCAAAACGGUACGUUUCAUAUUGACAAGCUACUACUCGAUGUGUCUGGUCUCUUUCUUUCCUUCUUGCCUGCACACUCAUUCGUCCUUGUUCUUUUUGUUUUCUUUUGCUCUAUUCUCAAAACAUACACAUCCGCAGUUAAUAUUAUUCUCAUCGCGCGUUUGCCUUCAUAUUCUUGAAUCUCCUUAUGUCUUUUCUCUAACAUCCAACUAUGAACAAAGCCAUGAUUCUGAACCCGACCCGGCCCGUUUGGCCCGGUUUCUCUUCUUCCAAGUCCCUAUGCGGCGAUGCCAACUGCAUGGAGCAGCUUCUCCUCCACUGCGCAAACGCCAUCGAAUCAAACGACGCCACGUUAACUCAACAGACCAUUUGGGUCAUCAACAACCUCGCUUCCUCAGACGGUGACUCCACACAGAGACUCGCCUCCUCUUUACUCCGUGCGUUAAUCUCACGCGCCGCCACCAAAUCACCCGCAUUCUCUUUCCUAUCCGUUGCUUCCGCAUCCCAUGAAACGCUUCACCGCUUCUCCGUCAUUGAGCUUGCGGCGUUCGUUGACCUCACGCCGUGGCACCGUUUCGGCUUCAUCGCCGCCAACGCAGCAAUCCUCGACGCCGUCAAAGGUUACUCCUCCGUCCACAUCGUUGACUUAAGUUUGACUCAUUGCAUGCAAAUCCCUACUCUUAUAGACUCCAUGGCAACCAAACUCAUCAACAAAGAACAACCUCCUCCGCUUCUCAAACUCACCGUUGUCCUCUCCGAAUCUCCUCCGCCUCCAUUGCUUGGAAUCUCCUACGAAGAAUUAGGGUUGAAGCUAGUGAGCUUUGCAGCCACACGUAACGUAGCAAUGGAGUUUAGAAUCAUAUAUUCUUCUUACUCCGAUGGUCUGUCCUCUCUUAUCGAACAACUGAGAUUAGACCCUUUGGUCUGCAAUGAAGCUCUCGUCGUUAACUGCCACAUGAUGCUCCAUUAUAUCCCAAACGAUACCCUAAGUUAUUUAAGUCCUUCACGGUCAUUAUUCUUGAAAGAGCUCAGAGAUCUAAACCCAACUAUGGUAACCUUAAUUGAAGAGGACGCAGAUUUCACCUCGAGUAACUUCAUCGCCAGGUUAAGGUCACUCUUCAACUACAUGUGGAUCCCUUACGACACAGCCGACACGUUUUUAACAUGUGGGAGCGAGCAAAGGCAGUGGUACGAAGCGGAUAUAGGUUGGAGGAUAGAUAACGUGGUGGCCAAGGAAGGUGCUGAAAGAGUUGAGAGAUUGGAGCCAAAGAGCCGGUGGUUCGAGAGAAUGAGAGAAGCUGAUUUCACGGGAGUUGGGUUCGGCGAGGCGGUAGCGAGAGAGGUUCAAACGAUGCUAGAGGAACACGCCGCCGGGUGGGGAAUGAAGAGAGAUGUUGAUGAUAGUGAUGACGUGGAACGCUUUGUACUGACGUGGAAGGGACAUAGUGUUGUGUUUGCCUCAGCUUGGGUGCCAAUGAAUAGGGUUGAUGGAUGUUCUCACGUAGAAGCUUAAAAUUGGAUAAGAUAUGAUGUUAAUCGUAUCCACAAUCAAGGAUUAAUGCUAAUAGUACUUAAAUUAGAAGGCGAUGUGAGAAACAACAGAAAAGUGUAGGGGAUUCUUAAGUUUCUAACCGACCCGACCGGUUAUGUAUGAAUGAGCUGACUUUCAAACUUAUUAUCAAGUAGUAGUAAAGUAACAUGAUUGGUCCG